GGGUGCUGCCAGCCCUCGGGCCGGGUGACCGCUGCGCUGGGGCCCUGUGGGGACACAAUGCCGGGCCGUGUCAGACGCACUGAGCAGUUUUGCUGAAGUGACGGAAAAUUAGAAGUUGUUACCGUGCAAAAGGAGUGACCCUUGGCCAGGGCUGCUCUGUAAUUUGGGGCUUUCCAGCGCUGCACGCACCCCUGUAGCAGCUGGGCAGGCCCUGUGCCUCCCGCCCGAGGUCUGCUAACCAAACCCUGCCCCAGACCGCAGGAGCGGCACAAGUUCGGCCCGGUCCAGAGGGACGGGGCUUUGUGUGUGGUUGCUGGCAGGAAGCUGAGGGUGCCACCUGUGUGCCAGCAGGGAUGGCCGGCAGGAUCCAGGACCGCAGCCUGCGGGAGGAGCUGACCUGUGCCAUCUGCUGCGAGCUGUUCAGCGAGCCCGUCAUGCUGGACUGCAUGCACCACUUCUGCAAGGGCUGCAUCCAGGAGUACUGGGACCGCUGCGCCCACGGCCCCUCCUGCCCGCAGUGCCGCCGCAGGUUCCCCAGCCGCGCUUUCCGCACGCACUACCUGCUCUCGGGGCUGGUGGACAAGGUGCGGCGCUGCGGCUCCGAGGAGCACCAGCACAAGAUGCAGAAGCACCUGGAAGAUGCUUUGCAAGCUCGUCAGAAAGAGAUGGAGAACUUGCUGCAGAGGAAGCGUGGGGUGCAGGAGGACAUCUGCAGCCUGACGAAAGUGUCUGGGGAGCUGAACUUCAAGAUUCGAGCUGAGUUUGCUCGCCUUCAUCAGAUCCUGGAGGAAGAGGAGAGAACUGUGCUGGCAGAGCUGGGUGAGAAGGGGGAGCAGUCCCUGGCCCAGCUGCACAGGCACGUUGGCCAGCUGGAGGAAGGGAUAGCAGUGCUGCAGAGGGACAUCGAGCACGUCAAGCUGACCCUGAACAGGAUGGAGGAUGUGUCACUGCUGGAGGUGGAGAGCCUGGAUAUCAGGCCUUCGGUGCAUGUUGAGACCCAGCCUGCCCUGGACCUGCAGCACUACAGGGACAGCCGCAGUGGUCCCUUGCAGUACAUCUUCUGGAGGCAGAUGCUGCGCUCCAUCUGCCCUGCUCCUGCUCCACUCACCUUUGACCCUGAGUCAGCCCACCCCAACCUGGUCUUCUCCAGCGAUCUGACAGCAGUGACAGAGAGGAAUCGAGCCCAGCCUGUCCCCAUCAGCCCUCGGCGCUUCCGUCAGUGUGUCAACGUCCUGGGCUCGCAGGCCUUCGACAGCGGCCGGCACUACUGGGAGGUCUGGGUGGGCAGCAAAACCAAGUGGGACCUGGGGGUGGCUGCUGACACUGUGGACCGGGCAGCCAAGGUCAAGCUGUGCCCAGAGAAUGGCUACUGGACGCUUCGCCUGAGGAACAGGACGGAAUACUGGGCCACUGCCACCCCCUGGGUGCGCCUGACUCCCCGCCAGCCCCCAAGGAAAGUGGGCGUCUUCCUGGACUGCCAGGAGGGCACUGUCACCUUCUUUGAUGCUGGGGACAUGUCCCACCUCUUCACCUUCCACCAGGUGUCUGCGAAGAGAUACUGCCCCUUUUUCAGCACCUGCUUCAGUGACGGGAGGGACAACGUGGAGCCCAUGCGCCUCUGCCACCUGGCCCUGUGAGGGACAGGGGUGCCUGGGGACACCAGCCUGGCUCCUGCCCGGGGCUGUGCUGGACAGCAGUUCUGCACACACAAGCACGAUGGGUGUUGGAGGAGCUGUUUUGGUUUGUUUUGGGAGGAAGGAGGGGAUGAGUCUCAUUUAUCUGCCCUCCUUUUCCUGUGCCAUGUGGUUGCCACAAGGCAUUCACAGGGGUUCCUGGCACCCCUAGAACAACCUCCCAUUCUUGAGCACAGCACAGUUCAGUAAGAGCCACGAUGCUGCAGGGGAGGUGGCUGUGGGUGUCUGGCACCUCCUGCCUCUCUGUGUUCCCACCCCUGUGCCCCGUGGAGGAGGGCAGCUGUCCCGGAGCACCAUCGAGUGCCUCUCAACUCCACAUCCCGAGCGUGGGCAUCCUCUGCUGGAAGAGCUUCCCGGGCAGGGCUCCGGGCCGGCAGCAGAGGGAGCCCGGUGCGCAGCCCAGGGAAUGCAGCGCGGCUCCCUUACCUCUCACUAUUAAAGUUCAUUAGAAAG